ACCGUGCUUCAGUCGGUCAGUAGACACUAGACAGUAGACAGUAGACAGUGUAGUGAUGGAUACCCUGGUAUGUCUUGUGCUUGUCCUCGCGGUCGUCCCGGGUAUCAUACCCUCGGCCAUCCCUAUGUGGGAGUUCCUAUCCAGAGGAGAAAAGAUGAGUCAUUUAUUCAACAUGUUCAGCAAGCAAGUAGCAGAUCAUUGUGACACCUCCACGAUGCCAGAUUGCAACAAAGUCCUGAUGAUGUACGGACUGUCCAAUCUGGCUAAGAUGGAGGACGAGAAGUUGGACGCCAUGGACCCUUACCAGCGUGGCGCCAUGGAUAUCAUUUGGGAUCACAUGAUGCACGGAGAACAUGACCGAGACCACGGCCAUUCGGCUAGUCAAUCCUUCGACAACGAACCCGUGUCAAGUGACAACCAGCUAGGUGCCGCGUCCAGUAGCGUAGAGCAGUACGCAUCUGCAGGACCUGCCCCCGCUAUGAUGGGCCCAAUGGUUGUGCGGGUGUACCCGGACGGGCGACCUGUCCCCGACGACGUCCACAGACCCCCACACAGGGACGAGGACCAAGAGGAGUACCUAGCUAUGAGGGCGAAACCCGUCCCCAGCAUGGCGGACCUCAUGAGGUCGACGUCGAGGAACGUCCACUCUUCUACUCCAAGAGGAUAAGUUGACCCAGUGUCGGACAUGUGUAUACGAUACCAAGACAGAGGAAAUGCGAGUGUAAACAGGAGGUUACAAAAUGAGUUUAUGUAAUAUAUGCCAAGUAUUUAUAUGUAACUUAUUUAAAUUGUAAAAAAAGUAAUUUAAUUUUCUUACAAGGUACCAAUGUGCUGGUAAAUAUUUUACUUUUCGCUUGGAAAGCAAUCCUUCCAUUCAAUUCACCAGCAACAUUGUAAAUUUAAGUACUAUAACAUUAUUAUGUAUGUAUUUAUUUUAAAUUAUUUUUACAUUAUUUAUUUUAGAUCUAAGCUAGUUAGUGACAAUGGAACAACUUUGUGCCACGCUCCUCAAAUUUGAGGUUAAAUUUUGGAAGCUUUUAAGAAUUCAUAACAACAUUGUUGCAACUUCUUUAAAACUCUAUUUAAAAUUGUAUAAUGUAUUUUUUUAUUUGAGUAAUAAAUAUGUUUUAUGUUUUUCAAGUUGUUGGUUCUAUAAAGUGUUUAUUGUUUGAAGAAAAUAUUGAAAUAGACAACAAUGUAUUCAGUAAUUUAUAACAGAAUAACUCAUAAUUGUACCAUAAGAAAAUAUAAGAGAAAUCUGUUAAGAUACAGAACAUGUGUUACUCAAAGUUCUGGUCUUCAAUAUUGUUGAUGUGAUAUUUAUUAAAAUCUAAUGUGUAAGUACCUAGUUAGUUCUAUUUAUUUUUUGUAUUUAAAAUAAAUUAUUAUGAGAUUA